AUUAUGGCUACUAAUGUAAUGUCACGAGAUAACAAGUAGCUACAUAAGUAAAAUACUACCAUAUAGCUAAGGUGAAUUGAAAUUUUCAAUAUUCCCAGUGAAGGAUUCCUAGAUUAAAGAUGUCUCUAGGCACUUGGUCUAUUUUGCUCCUGACUGCGGCGGCCGCCGCGGCGUCCCCCCGCAUCAUCGGGGGCUCCUCCACCACCAUCCAGCAGCACCCUUGGCUGGUGCAGGUGGACCAGCUCGGAGUCUCGAGCGGCGCGUGGGUUCAGUCCUGCGCUGGGAGCCUCGUCAGUAACGCCUGGGUGAUUAGCGCUGCCCACUGCUUCGAGGGCUGGACCUACCCCGACAUCACAUACCGCCGAGUCCGUGUCGGCGCGACCACCCGCAACGAAGGAGGCAACACUAUCGCCCUCACCCGGGUGGUCAAGCACCCCGACUACCGUAAGGCGGCCCGCUUCGACGCUGACCUGACUCUGGUCCGUCUGGCCACAUUCGUGGACUUCACUCCGACCGUGCAAGCCGGCGCCAUCUACGGGCAGGGCACCGAAACUGCCACCAACACUGAGGUGGUUUUGUCCGGCUGGGGGCAACUUGGGCUCGGCCAGCCAUCAGCGGAAACCCUUCAAGAGACGACCGUGAAAAUCGUGGACAACGCCGAAUGCGCCAGGCGUUACGGCGAGGGAAUCACUUCGAACAUGAUCUGCGCAGGGAUCCUCGACCAGGGUGGCAAGGACUCCUGCCAGGGUGACGCGGGGGGUGCCCUGACCAUCGACAAUGUCAUUGUGGGAGUCAUCUCCUGGGGCGAAGGCUGCGCCAGCGGAUAUUUCCCAGGCGUCAGCACCAAGGUUUCUGCGUAUUCCAACUGGAUAAUCGACACUGCGGUUUGAUUGCUGUUGGAAUCGGAAUGUUGAAUUAAAUAAAGCUGUGCUUUGAAUAA